CACUGAUCAGCUGUGUUUUCUGAACGCAGCUGUUGUGUCCUGCUGAACGCAGCCAGAUUCUCCAUCUAGUGAUACUUCAAGGAACUAAUUUUCAUUUAUUGCGUGCAUCUGUCGUUACUUGCACUUGUUGUUGAUUUUUUUCACAUUAUCUCUAAUAUUUAUUUUACUUCAAAUGUAAAAAGUAUAAGUAAAACGAAUAGAUCUAAUGUGGAGAUUAUAUUAAUGUGAAAGAUUUACGUUAUCCGUAUUGUAUUUGAUAUUCCUUAUGCAAAUGUAUGUAUUUAAGAGUAUAAAAAUUUAUUUUUUCUCUGUGGCUCAUGUCACUGGAAAUUUCAAUAAACAAAGCAAUUAAAAAAUUAAUAAAUUCAUAUAAAUAAAUAGAGUCCAGUUAAUAAUAUUUGAUUGAGUGAAAUGAGAUAUUGGAUGUGAUAAUUCUCAAAAAUUCCUAUGAAAGAUUAAAUAGAAUAUUUGAAAAAAAGAUAACGUGAUAAUUAAAUAUAGUGCAACACAUCAUGAGCUUUUGGUUUAAUUUAGUGAAAGACGCGUUCCUCGGGAUGUUACACUUAUUGUGGUUUGGUACAAAUUUACGUUUUGGCCAACGAAGGAUAUCGAAUUACUUGAACAUAUAUGUCAAAACGAAUACAGGUAACACGCUCUCUGUCGAAUUGAAUCCAAAGUGGGAUAUAAAAAAUUUGAAGGAAAUUGUUGCACCUAAGAUGGGAAUGGCACCGGAAGAUAUUAAAAUUAUAUUUGCUGGCAAAGAGCUGCAUAAUUCAAUAAUAAUUGAGGAAUGUGAUUUGGGUCAACAAAGUGUUUUGCAUGCAGUAAAGACCCCACUUAAGAAGUUUAAAAAUCAUGAUACUUCAGAUUCUAUAGAGGAAUGUACAUCUGAGACUUCAGACUGGAACAAUAGUGGUAGCAAACCUAUGAAUGAGACUCUCACAGAUUUAUCCUUGGAUUCGUCGGAUCAGCAAUGUUUAUCUCAAGAAGAACAGGAAGAAAAUCGAGCACAUUUUUAUAUAUACUGUUCGGGGCCUUGCAAGACUGUAACAGUGGGCAAACUGAGAGUCAAGUGUGCAAAAUGCAAUAGUGGUGCUGUCACUGUUGACAGAGAUCCUCAAUGCUGGUCGGACGUAUUAGAACCUAAUAGGAUAACUGUACAUUGCGAGAAUGAUUUCUGCCCUGCAUCCUCAAUCGUGCUUAGUGAAGAGGAAUUUGAAAUUACUUACGCUCACUUCUAUUUUAAAUGCGCGAAACAUGCUAGUUUAGGAGAGGACGACGAAGCUAUACCUCUUCCUCUUAUUAGGGCAAAUUUGAGGAAUGUUCCUUGUUUAGCGUGUACAGAUAUCAGGGAGAUAGUGUUAAUAUUUCCGUGCGAAGCUGGUCAUGUAACUUGUCUCGACUGCUUUUGCGAUUAUUGCACGGUUCGUUUGCGAGAGCGACAGUUUGAAUUCGAUACUGACAAAGGCUACUAUACUGUGCCAUGCCCCGCUGGAUGUCCCAAUUCUUUUAUUUCCGAAAUUCAUCAUUUCCAUCUUCUUAGCGCGGAACUGUACGAGACAUAUCAGAGAUUUGGUACGGAGGAAUACGUUUUACGUGCCGGUGGCCUUUUGUGUCCAAUGCCAGACUGUGGUAUGGGUAUUAUACCGCCCACUGACGAGGAACAAGCGAAGAAAGAUGAUGAACAGCGCCGGAGAAUUCAAUGUAUCGGUGGAUGUGGGUAUGUUUUCUGCAGAAUUUGUUUGCAAGGAUAUCACACAGGAAAAUGCGAAUUGCAGUCAUCGGAUAUAUUCACAAGUGCCUCUUCACCUAGAAACUAUUUAGUGGAUCCUCUGAAAGCUAAGGAUGCUAAAUGGGAUGAAGCCAGUAAAAAGAUAAUACAAAUAUCCACAAAACCUUGUCCUAUGUGCAGAACUCCUACUGAAAGAGACGGAGGUUGUAUGCACAUGGUGUGUAUGAGAGCAGGAUGUGGAUAUCAUUGGUGUUGGGUAUGUCAAAUGCAAUGGACUAGAGAAUGUAUGGCUAAUCAUUGGUUUGGAUAA